AUGGUAGCGGGUGGUAGCCGCAGAAGAUGGUGGUGGUGGUCGGCGGAGGGUAGCGAUAGUGGUCGAGGUGGCGGUGGUCGGCGGUGGCGGGUGGCGGCGAUGGUGGUGGCGACGGAUGGAGGCGACGACGGCGGGUGGUGGUGUUCGACGGUAGCGGGUGGUGGCAUCGGAAGAUGGUGGUGGUGGUCGACGGGGGGUGGCGGUAGUGGUCGAGGUAUGCGAUGGCGGGUGGCAGGGAUGGUAGUCAAUGGCGGUGGCGACGGGCGGUGGAGGACGGUGGUGCUGGUCGACGGAGGUUGGUGGCGGGUGGUGACGAUAGCAAGUGGUGGUGGUGGCAGAUGGUGGUGGUUAUGA